CUGGGCAGCUCCUGAGUCCUGCCUCUCAUCCUCUGCCCUCGUGUUCUGAGACAGGGGUCACCCUCUGGAUUGGGGCAUCACAUCAGGUGGAGGCAGGACUUGUGAGGUCUGCUGAGACUGAGAUUUGGUCUGAAAGGUGCCAGAACCUGCUGUCUCCUCCACCACCCCUCAGGGAGGGCAUGUUGCAGCUGAGGAAGAAACUGUGACUUCUCACACAGAGACGGGACCUUGGUACAGCCUGUGUGUUUGUCUGUCCUGCAGGGCUCAGGGACAUUUUAUGUCAUCUGAACCCUUGGGAACCCUGGCAGACAGUGUUAUGACCUUGGCCUUCAUUUCUCUUCUUUGUCUCGGGCUGUGCCAGGGCCCAUGGGACCAUGUCCAGGCAGGAGUUCUCCCCAAACCCUCCAUCUGGGCUGACCCAGGCCCCAGGGUCAGACAUGGGAGCCCUGUGACCAUCUGGUGUCAGGGAUCUCUGCAGGCAGAUGGUUAUAUUCUGUAUAAAGACAGGGGCUCUCAGCCCUGGGAAACGAGGAUCCCUCAGGCCUCCAGCAACAAGACCAUGUUCCUCAUUCAGUCCAUGAGCACAUAUGACACAGGGCUGUACCAGUGUGCAUACACUACUGGGGACACGCUGUCUGAGAGGAGUGAGGCCCUGCUCCUGCGAGUGACAGGAGUGGACAACGCACCCUCCCUCUCAGCCCACCCAGGCCCAGUAGUGGCCUCAGGAAGGAGAAUGUCCCUCUUGUGCAGCUCACAGUCCACAUGGGACACUUUCCACCUGCUGAAAGAGGGAGGGGCUGAGCCUUCCCAACACAGAGAAUCUGAAAGGAAGUACUAUGGUAGGAGGUGGUGGCUGGUGGCCAUCUUCCCUGUGGGCCCGGUGAACACCUCCCACGGGGGGACCUACAGAUGCUAUGGUUCUAACAGCUCCAACCCCAAUGUGUGGUCACAGCUCAGUGUCCCUCUGCACCUCGAUAUCACAGAUGUGUACAGGGAACCCUCCCUCUCAGCCCAGCCAUGCCCGCUGGUGCUGCCUGGAGACAACCUGACCCUCCAGUGUCACUCAGAGCCCGGCUCUGACAGAUUUGCUCUGACCAAGGAUGAGGGGCCCACACACCCCCAGAGUCUCCAUGGGCAGGACAGCCCUGACUUCCACCUGGGCCCUGUAAACCCCUCACAUGGGGGCCGCUACAGGUGCUACAGUGGACACAACCUCUCCUAUGUGUGGUCGGCCCCCAGCACCCCCCUGGACAUCCUGAUUGCAGGAAUGUACAGGAAACCCUCCCUCUCAGCCCAGCCAGGGCCCUCAGUGUCCUGGGGAGCAAAUGUGACCCUGCAGUGUGGAUCUGAGGAAAGGGCUGACACCUUCCACCUGCACAGGGAGGGGUCCCUGCAUCCUCCUCAGCAGCUUCAUCUGCAUAACACAGCUGCCCCCUCUCAGGCCUACUUCACCAUCAACCAUGUGACCUCAAGCCACCAUGGUACUUACAGGUGCUACAGCUCACAUAGCUCCUCCCCCUUCCAGCUGUCACAGCCCAGUGACCCCCUGGAGCUCCUGGUCUCAGGCUCAAACACCCAAGAGUACACAGUGGGGAACCUCAUCAGAUUGGGUGUGUCUGGCUUGGUCCUCAUGGUCCUCGGGGUGCUGCUGUGUGAAGCUUGGCACAGUCAGAGAAGACCCCACAAUGCAGCCAGCAGCUGAACACAGGGGACAACAAACCCACCAGUCAGUGAGGUGGAACCUGGUGAAGAGUCUGGUGAGACCAAGAAUCUCUGGAGGAAACUGUGGGCACCUCUGGGAAAGAGUCUGCUGAGAAUGUGGAGGGUGUGGGUGUGGUUCCCAUGCAGGGAGAGGUGGGGCUGCUGCUGCAGAGGCUUCUCCACAGUUAGACUGUGGGCAUCUCACCUCACUUCACUUCUCUGUUUCUUUGACUGGCCCCUCUGUUCUCAACCCUGUGACCCGGGGCUCAGCCCACAUCACAGGUUCAGAUCCUCACCUGGGUUCACCCUCCAUCUCUGGUCCACUUUCAUGUGUGACAUUUUUCUAGUUUUUAUUGUCCAUGUUCACUCAUUUUGCAUCUCUUUUGGUCAGACUGAACAGAUGCAAAAUCAUUUUUAAACAAC